CAGUGCGAGUUGAAAAGGGGAAAAGCCUCCGGCUUUGCUCUCUCUCACUCUCUCUCUCUCUCUCUCGCUUCUCCGUUCCAAGAACUCCCCAACCUCAACGACCGGUAAGACACCUCGAAGCAGCUGUUGCGUCUCCUGCUAGGGUUUCGAUCGGGACCACCCCCAAGAAUGGAGCCCAACUUGAACGAGCCCCACUCGAUGGGCACCACCAUCAUCGGAGUCACCUACAAUGGCGGCGUCGUCCUCGGCGCCGAUUCUCGAACCAGCACCGGGAUGUAUAUUGCCAACCGAGCGUCGGACAAAAUUACGCAGCUCACGGAUAAUGUGUAUAUCUGCCGCUCUGGAUCGGCGGCGGAUUCUCAGAUUGUCUCUGACUAUGUCCGUUAUUUCCUCCAUCAACACACUGUACAGCUGGGUCAGCCUGCAACUGUGAAAGUUGCUGCAAAUCUUGUCAGGCUGAUAUCUUACAACAACAAGAACAUGUUACAAACUGGACUUAUUGUUGGCGGGUGGGACAAGUAUGAAGGAGGUAAAAUCUACGGAAUACCUCUUGGGGGUACACUCAUAGAGCAGCCUUUUGCUAUUGGAGGAUCUGGCUCCAGCUACUUGUAUGGAUUCUUUGAUCAAGCUUGGAGGGAAGGGAUGACCAAGGAUGAGGCUGAGCAACUUGUGGUCAAGGCUGUUUCCCUUGCAAUUGCACGAGAUGGUGCUAGUGGCGGUGUUGUUCGCACUGUUAUUAUAAAUUCUGAGGGAGUGACAAGAAACUUCUACCCUGGUGACACCCUUCCAUUGUGGCAUGAGGAGCUGCCACCUCAGAACUCACUGCUCGAUAUUCUGAGUGCUCCUAGUCCUGAGCCAAUGAGCACCUAAAGUGGUCGAGAGCUGGAUGCUGUUUAACAUAUGUCGAAUCUCUUUUUACCUGUUGUUCCGAAAGCUGGAUCUCUAUGCAACUCUUUGCAGACUGUAUACAACACCUGGGGUCUUUAGCGCUUGAAAUGUCUUUUACUCUGUAGUCUCAUUGAUGAUUAACUCCAUUCAAGUUGCUUGGCUGUUGA